AUGACAUUUCAGUCUGGGUGGCUUCGGAUACAACUCCUCCUCUUCUGCCAGCUGGCCGCCAUCACUGGUAGCCGCCCAGGAGCGCUUCUGAACCUACGCUAUCGGAACCUUUUGCUCACUCUUGUCCGUAAUCCGGACGGAGGGCGUCCUCUGUUAUUCAUUUACUUGACCCCGGAGUUUACGAAGACUUUCUUGGGUGAGAAGGAACAGAAUACUUUUCCCAUUCCUGAAAUCAUCUUUGACCCGACCUUAGUCCUCAGCCCCCACGUGUUUCUUCUAGGGAUGCUGUUUCGCAUUAAGGCGUUCAAGAACUUCUCCACGGACGGGCUAGUGGUAGACUGUCCCGAAAAUUUAUAUAACCUCGGUGUUUUAGAUGGACUGGGACAACAAGAACUGAAAUUGAAGGAUGAAAUUCUCGAUCAGUUUGUGUUCUGUCAGGCCGUGCGCGAGGCGGAUGGGAUUCAAAUCACCUUGGAAGAGCAACUCACGGAAGGAGCACUUCAAUAUCAAAUGAAGCGAGGGGGGGAAAUCACAGGUUUUGAGCAGGUCACAAAGCCGUACUGUCUCCGUUACGGAGCAGCAAAAGCAUUCAAUGACAGCCCGGACGUUACCAACGAGCUCCAAAACGUGAUGUUGCAGCAUGCUAGCAUCGACACUUUCGUCAAACAUUAUAGCGUGGGCAUCCACGUUGACGCUCAGGCGAUUGUUCGGGGACUGCCGGCCCAGAAACAGCUAAUGCGGUUUGCAGCGUCCAUGAGCCAGUCAAUUAACCCCCGUCGACCUUACAAAUUAGAGGACACUAGCGUUGUCAAUAAGGUCCCACGCGUGUGCGAAUUGCAGAAGCGAUUCAAUGAAAGAAAAGAAGUUCGGGACAAGAUGAAGCGGGCUUUUGAGAUGGCGGAACGGGACUUCCAGCAAAAAUUUGGCGAUUACCUACAACAAUGGAAAGUGAAACAGGAGCUGCAACGCCCCGCUCGUCAGGCGCUCGACAUUGUUGAGCGGUGGGAGAGAAAGUACAUGCGCGCGACCCAAAGGCAUAGCCAGGCACAACGUGUGGCUCGGAAUGAGUGGCAACGACAACGUAACCGCUUGGUGCGUGAGAAUCUGGAACGAUAUAAGAACAAGCAGCCAGUGAUUGACAGUGAGAGGCAACUCGCUGGAAAAGUGGUGGAUGAAGAGGUGAUGGGUGCUCUGGAGCGGACAGGAUAUAUGACCCCACAGCAUAUGAUAUUGAUCGACACCAUCUUGACCAUGCCAGGCUCAACUGUCGAAAAGGAGUAUCAACGUCGGAUUGCUGCAAUCAAUGCGGUUUUCGCUUUCUGUGAUGUGGAGGAGGGUUCACCCACAAGGCGACCAAAAACUACCCAGAAACGUCGCGCCAUGGACGACUUGCCUUCUGCUCCCCCUGCGAAAAGGCAAGAAUGCCCUUCACCUAAGGAAGAAAAGACCACUCUUUCUCAUGCAAUUGCGUCUGUCUGCAUUAAAGCUCGACAUGAGCGGCCGACGAUUUGUUUCCUUUGCCUGGGGAAUCCUCGUUUGCCGGAACGUGAGCGAGUCAAAAACUUUCGUACCCCUGGGUCCCUCGGCCGUCACUUUGUUGACAUUCACGUCAUACCAUAUCCAAAAGACAUGCGGGUCAAAUGCAGCAUCUGCAGGGAAGAGUUAGAGAGUAAAUCAGCAUUGAUGAACCAUGCUGAGACAGUGCAUGGAACUGUAUCACGUCGGCCGUUGUCUGCCCUUGGCCCAAUUUAG